AUGGCGUCGUCGUCCGAGAUGCGCUCCGGCCUAGACAGCCUUAAGAAGGUGCCUAAGAAGUAUGGCGACAGGGUUGUCAGCAUGGCCAAAGAUCUUGUUCAUGUCAGUAAUAUAGGAAGCUUCAACAGCAGAUUGCUGAACCCAGCUACUGGAACUAUGUAUUACUUCUCAGACAGGAAAGGACAAGGUGCCUCAUAUUUAUUUGGACAGAGUGCUAGCAAAGGCGAGCACAAGGUGCUUGGAAGGAGAGUUAACAGGGAAGACAUGAUAAUUACAUUUGACCUUGAGACAGAGGAAUGGGGGACUAUCUUGGGACUCAAUAUCAGCUUUCUUGGUAAUGCUUUUCAGGUGCUUCCUGGUUGGCUUACCUUGUCUGACCUGAAUGGCUCUUUGGCUGUUGUGUGCUUGUAUGGCCUAGUCCCUAGUAUGGACAUAUGGAUUUCGAUAGACAUUGCAAAGGGUGACUGGGUCAAGCGGUAUAGCAUAACAUUUGAACAAUAUGACAUGCUUUCCUAUGUGCAUCCUUUGUUGGUCCUAGAUGACCAGAGGGUAGUCAUAUAUAUAGAAGACAAGGAAUUACUACAGAUUUAUAACCCAAGAACGAACACUUUCACAAAUGUUGUGGAGCUGGAGCACUGCUCUUCAAUUAGUUUGUAUACAGGAAACCUGUUGAGCUUGAAGUGUUGA